GGGCGGGGUUUAGCGUGUCGGAGGUGGGAGCGGGGUAAACAUGGCGGAGGCUCGGGUGCGGGUUCAGGCUCGAGCUCGAGCUGAGGUGAGAGUUGAGGAGAGAAACACACCUUUCCUCUCCUCACAGGACACACAGCGCGGCGGGGUUUCAUUCCUCAGGUUAUUCACCGCCGUGUUUUACGGCCUCAGCUCCUUCCUCAUCGUGGUGCUGAAUAAAAGCGUCCUGACCAACUACAGAUUUCCAUCGUCGUUAUGUGUGGGGAUCGGACAGAUGUUGGCGACGGUGUGUGUGUUGUGGUCAGGGAAAACCCUGAGACUCAUCCACUUUCCGGACAUGGACAGGAACAUCCCACGCAAGACAUUCCCUCUCCCGCUCCUGUAUGUAGGUAAUCAGCUAACCGGCCUCCUGGGAACUAAACAAGUCAACUUGCCAAUGUUCACUGUGCUCAGGAGAUUCUCCAUUUUAUUCACCAUGUUAGCAGAGAGCUACCUGCUCAGGAAGACGUAUGCAUGGAGUGUACAGCUGACAGUAUUCAGUAUGAUGGUAGGAGCGUUUAUCGCUGCCAGUACAGACUUGACCUUUGACCUCCAAGGCUACACGUCUAUCACGGUCAAUAACGUAUUAACUGCAGCUAACGGCGCUUACAUGAAGAAGAAACUCGACUCCAAGGAGCUGGGGGAGUAUGGCCUGCUGUAUUAUAACGCGUUAUUCAUGAUCAUACCCACUGUGUGUGUCGCUUACUACACUGGAGACCUGCAACAAGCUGCGGGUUUCGAUGGCUGGACUGAUUUACUCUUUCUCACUCAGUUUACUCUUUCCUGUGUAAUGGGGUUUGUCCUCAUGUACUCCAUUGUGUUAUGCACACACUACAACUCUGCCCUGACCACCACCAUCAUCGGCUGUGUGAAGAACAUCAUGGUAGCGUAUGUGGGGAUGGUGUUUGGUGGCGAUUAUGUCUUCACCUGGUUGAACUUCAUCGGCUUAAACAUCAGCAUCACCGGGAGCCUCGUCUACUCCUACAUCACCUUCACUCAGGAGGGCACCAAGAGUUCCUGAUGAAGAGGACGGAUGAGUGUGAGAACCAUGAAGCUGCUGUGUGUGUGUGUGUGUGUGUGGUUGAUUUGUAAUGAAAUGAAUAUCAGUUUUUAAUGAAGUGUUCCAGACUGUGUGUUAAAACUGUAUAUUAUAAUUUUGUCAUUUGUUUUGUAAUGAAUAAUUAAUAAUGCAGUUACACAGUAAAGGACGUCACCUCUA